AUGCUGGUGUACCAUGACAGUGAAGAUUCCUAUUCAAUCAGUCCACCAACAAGUACACUCACUAAAUCAGCGAGUGAUCCUUUUAAUUCAUCUUGGGACACUUCUUUACAACUUCAGGCUGGCACACCAGUGAGGUCGAGCACCCACAGUACGUCUUAUGACGAGACCGUCAAGAUGGAGAAUUUGUCUUUUCAAAAUCAACAUGGCUUUCCAUAUCGCUCUGGAAACACAAACGACAAUGCCUUCUGUGCUAUGUCUACAAUGACACAAGAAAUGUUUCAAGAAUCCAACAUGUUCUUUGGUGUCGAUGAUGGGAAGAUAUUAAACGAUGCAAAUCCUACACUCACUUACAACACCAGCUUCCAAGGUUACUCACCAGCUGCCUUCGGGUCAUUUGAUUCUCAAUGCCCAUCAAGUGAUAUCCCAUCUCUGAUGGAUGAUUUAUAUUCGCCAACUUCGACAUCCGAAUCAUUGGGAGCCAUGGACUUUGUGGACCCGACACAAACAACAUUAAUCAAUACAUUUGCCGAUUUUCAGUCAUCUCCAAUAGGUCCCAUCACACCUAUCAAGUUUGGAACACCUUCAUCGAAUUUCAACACUCCAAGAUCUUACAACAAUUCUCACGCUGCCCAUUCCACGCCAGGAUAUCUCACCCCGCCGAAUUAUCAGUGCUUCGGGCACGAUCCAAUCUCUCCAAUACGAUACUUCGGGCACGAUCCAAUCACUCCAAUACAACAACAACAACGAAGGAUGUGCCAUGAUUCUCCGCAAAGCACAUCUGCUCUCCAAAGAAUCCAGGCAGCAACGCCGACCAAACAGACGACCCGCAGAAAAAUAAAGCAAGAAUCAUUGCCGAUAAAAGUAGAAAGCCGCGCCAGUCUGCUAUGCCCAUACGAUGGAUGCCCCGGGAAAUUCGUACGACAAGAACAUCUCAAACGGCAUAAGAAGACACACGACAUAAAGGCUAAAAAGUACAAAUGUCCCUUUUGUGAGGAGAAGCCAAAGAGCUUCGGACGGACAGAUAACUUGAAGGCCCACUUCAAACUCCAUACACAGAAGGUUAAGAAGGGAGCGAGAACUAAGUAUCAUCCGGACGCGCUAAAGGCGUAUGAGGCGAUGAGUAAAAAGAGUCGCAAGCAUGAUGUUUUUGAUAUUAAAGACUUGCCUGUGAGAACGAGGUUGAGUGGUUAUUAA